UGAUCCUUGGCGACGUUUAAAACGUCAACGCCACACCUUUUUGUUUAUAGGUGGAUGAAUAAUAUUUUGGGUGUUUACUUGGAUUUAUUAAUCUUUUCAAACUCGAAAUCAUGCCCUACGGUAAAAAAUCACCCACCACUGGAACUCCGUCCGUUUAUUCGCACGUAACUACAAGAAGCAGCGCAAAUUUAAGAGGUUCAAGAAGUUUAAAAUCCCUAAAAAUACCAUGGUACCAGAGGCCUUUGGUACAGGAUGCUCUGUUUCUGGACGUACAGAGAUCUUCUUUGAUCACGGCAGUCUUUUCUUUGCUGCUGUCCAUAUUCACAGUGAUAACUGCUGUUUUUGAUGUCUACUGUUAUUCUAUGGCUGCCCCUGGUUCUACACACUACGGCUAUUAUGUAAUUUCAUAUCAAUUUGUAUAUGUUGGAUCUAGACAUGUGAGAAAUACCUUAGUUAUGUUUGCCGUUUUUUCUAUCUUGCUUGCUCUGGCAGUCUUUGUGACAAGCAUAAUUCUGAUAAAUGCACUCCGGAAGGAACACGAAAACAAGAUGGUGCCUUGGCUGUAUGUUUUUGCAGCAUUUACAAUAUUCAGACUGUUGGGCUACUUAUUUUUCUCCAUAGUCAAUGACAUGAUAUUUGCAUAUAAUAUCCUGAUGUGUCUGCUGUGGACAAUCUUUCUUGUAUUCAGCAUCUAUGGAUGGGUCCUAGUAUAUUCUUUAUAUGUUGAACUGUCCGACUUAACCAAGCUUGAAGAUCUAGCACAUCUGAGGAUUGGCACUUUGCAGUCCCUGAACGCUUCAACAGCCCCAUCCCUCGCAGGGUCACGUCCCACCACCCCACACAGCACAGUUUCGACGAUGCCAGUCUAGUAGAGAUUCCCCUGAGCCCAUCACUGCCAGCAACAUCUCUACCAAGUACUAGUGGUACCCAACAGGUGCUCAGAAGCCCAGUCAUUUCUACCAUUUACUAGCUGCUAUCAAAAAUAUUUACAGUCUCUCUUUAUAAAGAUUGCAUUACUACCCGAGUAUGCAAGUUUUAUAGUAAAGUCCUUGUGCCAUAUAUUUAAUAUAUGGUUUUGUUUGGAAGGCAUAUCAGUAUAGAUGUUCUGUACCUAUUUAGCUAGUAUCAUUUUUAUAUGUACAAAAUUUUUACCUUAUCAAAGAUCAUUUAGUGCCUAAGCGCAGUUUUAAACAUUUGAUUUUAUUGUUAUACUAUUUUAUGAAUAAGAUUCUAUACUCUAAAAAUAAUUACCGUUUAAAAAGUCUCUAAGUGCUGAAACACAUUUUUAAUGUAUUAUUGCAUUGUUAUAUUAAGAAAACUGUAUUUUUAUGUACAAUUUUAUUAGAUCUGAACUUUGUUGUAUGUAACAUGUCCGUCC